AUGCCUCGUCGCAGCUCCUCUGAAAACCGGGUCAUCGGACCAGUUAGAUACUACGGUAGACCGGAAAAGAGGAAAUCGCCAGUGCUUCCAACUCAAAUUGAGAAGGAGCCAGAACCCGAGCCAACUCCGCCAGUGUCUCCGAUUUUACCUCCAAGAUCUUCUAAAGCCAAUUCCAGAGAGUCCAGCGCACCGAAGGCGCGCCAGCCACCGAAAAGAGCCGGAAAAACCCCACCCAACGUCUCCAAGCCAGAAUCGUCAUCUUCCAGAGGACGUGCUCGCCGUAACACCACCGCCACGUCUUCUCGAUCGUCCGCCUCAUCGUCUGGACCCUCCACAUCGAAAAACUCCAAAAGAGCACCUCAAAAGGUCAAAAAGGCGGCUCCAAAGGCCAAAAAAUCCACAAAAAAGACUCGAAACCCGAGAAAUGUGACUCCAGAAGCCCCCGACGACGUCUAUACGCCUCCAGAAGACGUGCCACGUCGCUUCAACCGAAAGCCAAGUGACCCGUUGAUAAAUCACGAUUAUGAUAUGGAAUACGAAGAAGUACCACGUCAUCUCGAUUCGGAUUCUGAAUUCCCGUUGAGAGAUCCAGAAGAGGUGCCAGAUGUCAAAAUGGAGACGUGGGAUCCGGAUUUUGGAGAUUUAUUGCCGAUUCUGGAGAAGCCACGUCUUCUGGAGGGGACGUCGGAGGCGCGCCAGCCGCCAAUCAUCGAAUGGCAAAAUGAGCUGAUUCCGGUGCCACUUCCAGCUGGAGAGAUUCUCCCAGACCACGUCAUCAUGAAUUCGCGCAUCGUCAACUGCGAAGUCAAGGACAUUAUUCUGGCGAAUUGUGUCGUCGAGGGAUGCAAAUUCUACAAUUCCAAACAUUAUAUUGUCUGA